UGUGCCGAGCGCUACAAACCACUAUAGCCUGGAAGCGUGAGCUCUCCUUUUUUUUUUACCCUUUCAAAAGUUUUCAGGAAGUCUGGAGGAGGGGCGAUGCCGUUUCUUUUUUGUUAUAAUGGGCCCCUUUGUGGAGAUGGAAGAGGAGAGGAGCUCUGCGUGGCUGCGGUGCGCACACUGCCCAGGGCUCCGGGACGCGCCGGCCCCCGCGGUGCGGGCCGCGGGGAGGGGCCGGGAUGGAGCUGAUGGUGCUGCUCAACGCGCUGGUUACUCGCCUGCUCUUUGUGUUGCACUCUCUCAUCGGGGUCUGGAGAGUGACUGCGGCGAAGAAAGAACCCAAGUACUGGCUGCUGGCACUGCUCAAUCUUCUCCUGUGCCUGGAGACAGGGCUCACCCUCAAGUUUAAGCAAGGCAGAGGCUACAAAUGGUUUUCACCAGCAAUAUUUUUGUAUCUGAUUUGUACAGUACCAUCGCUAUGGCUACUAGAAAUUCAUCAUGGGACUCAGUACUGUGGUAAUGAGCCCGGAACAGUCCAGGUGAAUGUCAGCAACCAAGACUUCAAUCAAUCCAGAGACAGCAGUCAUGGAAGCGAGGGAACAGAUCACCACAUCAUUCAGACGGCUAAAGUCUUUGUGAAUCAGCUCUCUACGAUCUGUGAGACUGUAUGGACACUGGCUCUCCACCAGACUUUCCUACUGCUACUAGUGGUUGGCAGAUGGCUUCUCCCCAUUGGAGUUGAAAUUACUCGGGACCAAUUGUCUCAACUGCUUCUCAUGUUUGUGGGAACUGCAGCAGAUAUACUUGAAUUUGCUAGUGAAACCUUGGACAUUGAAGAUGUUCGGAAGAAUUAUGCUCUCAUAAAUGCAAUUCUUGCUGUAUGGACCUGGAGUAUGUUACAGUUUCCACUUGAUCUUGCAGUACAGCAUAUUGGCUGCAAACCAACAGCAUCAACCAGGCGGAUCCCCAACCUGCUGCUGUGCAGGUACAGCGCGGAACUGUGGAACAUUGGGGUCAGCCUCUUCAUACAGGAUGGUCCCUUCUUCAUUGUGCGGUCAAUCCUGAUGGGUCACUUCAGAAUAUUCAAUCAGAUGCUGGUGUUUUUUACAGCUAAGAAUAUCUUAGUUGUGACUCUACAAUUGUAUCGUUUGGCAGUGAUAAUAUUGGACUUUCGUGCUACCAUUCUGCAGAAGAGCAGGAAAGGAGAAGUCUGCUGUUGCCCAUGUGAGCCUUACAACGCGAGUACUCAUGCUACCACUGACCAAGAUACUGAAAUGAAAGACUUUGCUGCUUCUCCUUCAAAAGAGCAAUCCCAGGCUCCACCAGAAGAUCAGUGAGCACAGUUACUGACUUGAAAGAGGUUGCAUUUCCCACAGCUUCUUCAGAAGGGCUUAGCCUGUUUCUAUGAUCAAACACAGCCUGAGCGAGUGCCUAAGUCAUCUCUUCCACCAAGAGAUCAACAAUUUCUUCUAAAUUGUAGGAGAAAUUUCUGAAGCAAAACCAUAGAAAUAGGACAUUUUUGUAUCACUUUGUAUGCUGGGUUUUUACUAAUUCCCUAUUAUAUUAUCCACAGGGAUUUUGUAGCCAUAGUUUGUAGUAGCAAGAAAGUUUUGGCACACUAACAAAGUUGGUUCUUACGUUAGCACAGUGCCACCAAAGGUAUCUACUUGCAUGUAUUCAGACAGAAAGACAAGCCUAUCCACUAUGAGAAGGACAGAAGCAUUUAGCUCUACUAUAACCCAACUUCAGUGGUCAGGCUGUAAGUAGAGUGUGAUGAGCAAUAUGUUCACGGUGUAUGUGAGCAUAUUCAGCAGCAACACUGUGCAGACAGGCAAGUGAAGGCAGAUGACAGAUUUCUACUGUUACUGUGACAUGGAAAUUUAAGAAAGUUUUGUCCAACUAUUACCUCAGCCUUGGCUGGAUUCAGUUAAAAACUAUGCAACAUCGUGAAACAGCACAAACAAAACUGCAUGGUCUGAGUAGCCUAAAUCUUACCAAUAAGUAAAAAAGAAAAAGGCAGGCCCACAGAUGCAUUUGUCCCAGACAUUUUCUACAGAGGUGCUUGCCUUUCUAUAUCUAUGAAGUUACAUAACAACAAAAAAAGCCACCAAAAUAUUUAUAAAGACUUUUUUUCUGGUUUCACUAUACUUGAAGUUGAGACAGGAGUUUUAAAAUGUCUCUAUUUUAUAUGAUUUUAAAAGUAGCCUGACUCAGGCAUGCAAUCUAAUUAGCAAGAAAAUGGCACUGCUCAAGCUUGAUGAGACAAUCUAGACAGAAGGAUUUGGGCUUGUGCUUUACACUUUAUGAAGCACCACAAGAUCCCAUGAAAUAAUGUGAAAGAUUGUCCAGUCUGUUGAGCGUCAAGAUCAAUUUUUAACAAACAGCUAAUAAUUAUUCAUUUACUAUUUUGAUGUUUGGAGUGAACAACACAGGGUGUGAUUAAUUUCUCCCAAGAACACACUUUUUAUCAGUGUAAAGCCAUUGACUUGACUGGUCUUAGCUAAUAGAAGCUGAAAGUUAAGUGAUUUUUAAAAUUCUGCCUAAAAUCAUAUUCUCACAGAAAAUGGCUGGUGCUUUUACAAAUUUACAAAUGCUUUUACAUUCAUUCUAAAAGAGUAGAGAAAAGCAUAUUACAAAUGUCUAGCAAAUAUGAAGUGACCUAAUUAAGGUAACAUCUCAUUAAAAAUUCACAAUUAAACCUUAUUUUCGGAAGCCUCCACUAUCUAAAAAGAGAAUGUGGUUUGAAGAAUAGAAGUGUUUCUACCCCCACUGCAGCAAUCAUAUGCUUGUUUAUCUAUAGCCUGAUAAGCAAUGAUGUCUUUAAUCUUCAAAAUAUUUAAAAAUUCCAACCCCCAACCAUGUGAACUUGUGGUGAGCUGGUACUGUUCUAUGCAGAAUCAAGUCCUUCCAUUAUGAAAGAAGAAAAUGUGUAGCCAUAAAGAAGUCUCAUAUACCUUAUAGCCCUUUCUAACAUUUAUACUUUAGUAAUCAUGUGCAACACCCCCUGCUCCUUAUUUUGUGCCUUUUUCCAGUAGAAAUUAAAAGCCAGUCAUCAUUCAGCAUGGCAUUGUGUGGCAGACAUAUGGAGAAUGGAGUGCAACUUAAUUUGGGAUUUUAAUUCAAGUCUAGAAGUAAAAAAGCUAGAGUGCUGCUGCUGACCAGCUGUGCUGUCUAAAACCUUUCCCACAAGGGUGAAUUUAGAAUCAGUUGGUAGAACUGUAACACAUCUCUUCCUUGUUGAUGCAAGGCAGGACUACUCACAUUCAUUUUGAGUUUACCACUUGCUGAUAGAGUAAUUAUCCUGUUAAAAGGAUCCUUGCUAAUUAAUUUGGAGGGUACUGAGCUUGCUAGAAUAUCAUUCUAAAUUCAUCAGCACAAAAAUUGCAGGAUGUACUUUUUUAAACUUGCUGUCUAUUUAAAGGGCUUAUUUCAGCAACAAACUGCCUACGAGGCUCAGCCCACAGCAAAUGCAAGAUCCCCUGAGGUCAGUGAUACAGAGACUAGUUACAGCAGGAAUAGUUUACAAAGAACUGUAUUUCCUGGCCUUCAGGCUGUUCCAUUUUAAACAGCAGUAAAGCUUCUAAUCAGAUUUACUGUGAGGAGAACUCACUCCAGUGCUAGGUUUCCACUACUAGAUCCCAUCCCCAUCCACUCACAGACAAAACAGGCUAGAUCCUCCCUCACGCUUAUGAAGGAAUAGAUUUGGAUUUCCCUUUUCGUCCCUGCUACCAGGGAGGACAAAAACCAGAUUGCUUAAAAACGAAAGAAGACCCAAAGAAAAAAGCGCAUAAAUGGUGGGUAGUUUGUCUCCCCGCCUGUGUGCAGAGGGGAUCACACAUGCCAGGUAGCAGCAGGAAUGAUGUGCAGUUCCCUCUACUUCAUUGAGAAGCCUGGAAAUAGCAAUUAAGUCUAGUAGCUUGUAUGUUCCGUCACAGUAGCACAUCGCAGUUGCAAGCCCUCCUCACCUUGCAAGGGCAGGCUGCAGCCCAGGUUUCCCGCAGGCUGUGGGAGUCAGCAGGAUGUGCAGCUGGCUGUGGGGACACACUGCGUCACCCUGCAGGUUCCACAGCUUUGCGCUAGGUAGAGGUAGAACACAUUUUCUCGAAGGUCUGCCAGCAUCUGUGAUGUAUCUAAAGAACGAGAGUUUUCAUGUUUGCUAUUCAGGAAAAGCUGCAAUCUGUGAAAUAUCUAAAGAGCAACUGAUGUCAUGCUUGCUAUUCAGGAAAAGCUGCAAUAACUUUCAAAGGGGGAAAAUUCCAGCCUUCAAAAUGGAAGGAUUUCAGAACAUUUAUUUUAACCAUUAUUUACUCAAGUCAGGAGAAUUACAUUACUAUAUCUCUUCUGCAAAUAGUUAUCUAGCCAUUUACUAUUAUUUAUUCUGGUUGUUCCUGCCUUGUCCUUUUAGAUUAUUCUAUAUUAAGCCUCACUAAAAUGUUUUACUACUUGUCUCUUCCUGAGCUAAAAUGUAUUCCUCCUUUGCUUUGGACAUUGGAUCAAAUAAGAUCAUAGCCCUAAGCCUAAAAAAGAAAAACCAAACCCAACCAUUAUUUUAUUGCAUUUCUGUUGGUAUUUGUACUGUACUGUAUUCUCUGGGACCAAGUGGAAAUGGAAGAAAAUGUGCAAUUACUUUUAAAAAAUUCCAAUUGUAUUUGCAAAUAAAAGGCAGUUACCUCCGGCAUAGCUGCCAAUUUAUUAUGUGA